GAAAUUUAAAGUUUUUUUAACCACCAGAGCGCAGAAUUUUUUUUGCGCUGCGUGACAGAAAAGAUCCAACUCUAAGUUCUGGUUACGGUUAGCAGGAGCCACGAUCAUUCAUUGGGACGGAGCAUUGGCAAAAUUCGUGGCCUACAACUUGCACCAGAGAAAAAAAUGGCGGCGUAUUCAUUUUCAUUCGUCGCUUCCCGCACCGUUCUUUUCCUCGCCUGCAUUAUCGCGGUGGGAUCGCGUGCUGGCGCAGCUUCCGACCUCCCAGUAGACAGCCCCGCACACAAGUUGCUGGAGGUGACCGCAGAAGGCCUCGAUGCCGUUGUCAAGGCCGACCAGCCGUACUUCCUGAUGCUGCACGUAAACUGGUGCGGUAUCUGCAAGCGAACCUUUCCCCACUUCCAAAAGGCGGCAGAGCUUCCGCCGGCGCGAAAUGGGAGUAAAAAUACGCAGCAGGACAAAUUGGAAGAAGUCACGUUUCUUCACGCAGACUGCACGGACGACAAGACGCUGCCGCGGCUGUUUCAGGUGCAGGGCUACCCCGCGAUCUACUACCGGGAUGAGAUCGAGAUGCAGGGAGCUGCUGGCGCCAGCAACACAACCUCAAACGCGACGACCACCACGACGAUCAAUUGGCGGCCCUACAGCGGGCCGCGCACCGCCGAGGCGUUCCGUGCGUUCGCCGACCGGAUGACGCGGCGGCCGCUCGUUCGGGAUUUGAAGAGCGAGAACGACCUCUUCGACUACCACGGCAAAAAUCCCACGGGCGGCGUGGACUCCACCACGGAGCACGAGAGCUGGUUUGUGUACGUGGGCCCGAAGCCGGUUCCCCUGCAGUUCGAGCGCGUGGCGCGGGAUCUGCGCGACCGCCACCAGUUCGCGCGGGUGGCUCAGAAUGAAAAGAACCGUUGGAUGCCGGAACCCGGGUUUUACAGCAUGGCGGGCAUGCAAAAUUUAUACAAAAACGUGUACCGGAUGCGCGGCAUGUACUCGGACGCGAUUAGUUCUCGGAAACCAGACAAUGUACCGCUGCAGGACUGGGUGGCGGUGAAUAAAUACCCGGGCGUGUGGAACGUCACAAACGAGUUUUUCGCGCAAUUCGUCCGCGCCGGGCGACCGGUUUUGCUGUAUGUACUCCCGGAGGCUAAGUUCGAGGACGAGCGAACCAUUGUGGCCGCGUACUGAGUGAUUUGGUUACAAUGUUUGAUGAUGGAAUACCGACUCUAACUUGUUUGGGUCGGGCUGUUCGAAGAAAUUUGAGUUAAGCAUGAACUAACAAACAUCAUUGAUUUCCAAUAGAUACGAGCAGUCCCGGAGAAGAGAUUUUCAUAGAUUAAGUACUCUGUUGUAAACCUCUCUCACAGCCGGCGCCUCGGCGAAGUUUUCCGGGAGAGCGGGGUUCUCCUGGGGGUUUUGAACGGCAACGAGUUCGCGAAGAGCCUGGCCCCGAUGAACAUUUUUGAGGCCGACCUGCCCCGGCUGUGGUUGAUAACGGAUAAUUUCAAUAGCUGGUACGAGGACAAGGAUCUUUUCACCCUUGACCAACUGGUCUCCGCCCUCCCCGUGCAGGAAAAGGGGUCCAACCGGUCCGCCGAUCUGUUCGACUUCCUCGACAAGAGGUGGCCGUUCGUGAUGAAGCAGGACCGGAACCGGCUUAGCACGAUCUGGUUUCAUUUGCGGGAGGUUCUGAGAAUUUGCGGCGUUUAUCAGGAGUUGGCGCAGUACUACUCGUACGACGACGGGGAGUUGGAUUUAAUGGCAAAUAUGAAGAUGGACAGCGGGUUUCCGAAGAAGAAGAGAAAGCAAGGCCCGAAGCCGGGCUUCCCGGUGGUCAGCUUCACGAUCGCGAUGUUUCUGGUGGCGUUCGCUCUGGCGGUGGUACUGGUGGUGUUCGGCUUUCUGCUCAAACAGACGAUAAAAGCGCUAUUUGAGGACGACGAGGUGGUCCACAGCACGACGGCGUUUGACCGGAUGAAGAAAGCGCAGUAGCGAGGAGGGAUUGGCGGAGCGCAGCUAGGCUCUUGUACGGAAUAUAACGGCACCAGCAACGAAUUCUCCCAACACGGGCAGUGCGGUUCCGACGGGGCGAGGAAGUUGGGGGAUGGGCCCGCAUUUGGUAGCUUUUUUUUUGCGGCUGAGGACUUCACUUGGGAAGAUGAUACCAGGCACUGCGUUUCCAUCGGCGGAGAGUUCUUUGGGUUUGAAGUUGUAUACUCUGGCGGUCGUGAACAAGGUCAGGGGAGAAAUUCCUCAGGACAACUGCCAGGCACUCUGGCUGCGCUCGCGAGCAGGCUUCGUGAGGACAAUAAAUGAAAAUCACUCCAGGAGCGGCGCUCUAGGGUUUUCGAAUUUAUUUGUGUAGUUGACGCGUCUACUGCGCGCGCAAU